GUAAUGGCGAGCUCCCCAUAUGUUCGGCAUGUGAGCGGUCAGGAUCCACUUGAUGCCCUCCACACCACAGAGCACUCGCAACUGGUGCAGCAUGCUAGCAGACUAGAAAGACAAGUUGCCGACUUACAGGAUCGCCUCCAGUCCCAGCAGAGGAAUGAAAGCUGCACUCAUGAAGUCGCCCCGCAUUCUAUCUCGCCGAUAGACUACCAUGGCGAGCUAUCGACGGAUGUCGUGCUCUUGAGUAUGAACGCCGCUGCAGAGCCGUCAUUUGUCGGUGCAACAUCGGGCUUCUCGCUUUCUAGGCUCGUGGAGGGAAUUUUGUCACAGUCUAUGUUAACAGAAAGAGCUAGAGGUAACGACACCACUGUGUCUGGACAGACACCAAUGCCAGAGCCUUCCGUGGCCACAGAUCAAGAGGAUGUGUUGAUCGCUACAUUUUUCCAACGAGUGCAUCCUCGAUAUCCACUUCUUGAUGAGGUUUCCCUUCAGGAUUUAUUUCGUCAAACCACCCGAGACAAAGACCACAAUGCUCCCAAUCUCUUCUUACUGUAUAUGGUUUAUGCUAUUGCCGCAAGAACCAUUCAGCUGCACCCCGAGAUGCGUCGAUGUACAAGCCCAGAGACAUACUUUACACGUGCCCUUCGCCAUAUCGACUCCGCUCUAGCGAGCCAGAGCCUGCAACGGGUCCAAGCCCUCCUAUUAAUUGCGAUCUACCUUCUCCGAACUCCCAGCAAUGUGUCGAAUCUUGGAAGCUGGCACAUUAUUGGACUUGCCAUCAGACAUGCGGUCGAGAUGGGUCUUCACCGUAAUCUUCGUGAUUCUCGGGCGAGGCAGUUGAAUGCAGACGACCUGAAUCUACGCAACCGUGUCUUUUGGAGCGCGUACAUUUUGGAUCGAGCCGUCUCACUGACCCUUGGCAGACCAUUUGCCCUCGCAGAACAUGAGAUUGACGUUCCGGUACAUGACUCGAGAAAGUACCAAUCGUUCACCCACAUGUGCCAUUUGCGACGGCUGGAAAGUCGCAUACACCGUGAAAUAUUUGGUGCCGACGUGCACGAAGCUUCCGAUGAAAAGAUUGACUAUUUCCGGUAUGAGCUGGACGCCUGGCGAAUUGCUGUCCCAGUCCCGAUAGAUGCCUCCUUUGUUCUCCCUGGUUACUCAGUGUAUGAUACGAGGGAAUUCUUCGAUAUUCAAUAUAGCAAGGCGUUACGUAUGUUACUUCAGCGACGCAUCACUAUGGCAAAGAAAGAAGCAGAAGGAGACACUUCAAAGACAGCAGAGUAUCUAACACUGAGUGCUCGGGCAGCUGGGGAUAUCUGCCAACAUUACAAAGUGCUGCAUCAGCGGAGCCCAUUGGGCUGGAAUCUCCUGGCGCUACAUUCUAUCUUCACGGCCGGUCUGACCCUUUUAUACUCCACCUGGACUAGAAAGGAAAGACCCGACCUCGUCGCGUUGGAAGAUAUCCGAGCCUGUUCGAGUGUUCUGUUUGCUAUUUCAGAGCAAUGGCCGUCGACAAAACGGUUCAGGGAUAUUUUUGAAACUCUAACGCGGGAGAUGAUGGAAAUUUUGAAACGCAGCCAAACCCAGAAUUGGAACGGAUUAUUUCCAGUCGAUGCCAAUCCUUUCGGAGGUGAGGGCUUUUGGUCAAUUUUUGAUGAUUUAGUGGAAGAUGAUUAUAUUCGCGAUCAGUUUAGGCUUGAGGAAAUGAUGGGUUAA